UCCGUCGGAGAUCCGAACCGCGCGAUCGGAUCUGAAUCGUUUGCGUCCUCCACGACGACGUCGUUCUGCUGAGUCGCCGCGUCGUCCGAGAGUAGGCGAGUUUGAGGAUUACAUAACAAGUCUGUGGACGGAAGAGCCGUACAAGGAUCAGGACUAUAAUCUAAUACUUGAAGAUAUGCACCCUAGUUCAUCAGAUAAGGAUUCAUACAGCCCAGAGGUGUCUUCGUUUGUCCCUUCUUCCCCUUUCGUAGGACCAUCUCCAUUAAAGAAGCCAAAUAACCUAGGCUUUAUGGUUGAUUUUCUUGAGAGGAUGACAAUGGGGAUAGAUAGAAUUGUGGAAGUCAUGAAUGAAAGUAAUAUGCUGAGAAGAAAACAAGUAGAAAUGGCAGAGCGCCAAGCCAUUGCAAUGGAAAAGCAGAAUGACUUGAUAAGUGAACAGACAUCCAUUAUGAGACGAAGUUCAGCCAUGCAAUAUUUAGAAUCUGAAAUCUGGGAUAUGUUAGUCCAAUUAAAUUUGGAUGAUGAAGAUCUUUUAAAGCAAUACUAUGAUUACUUGUGUGACAAUCCCAAACUUGUGCGUUUGCUUUUUGGCCUGCCAACUCACUUGCGACAUAACUAUUUGUUGAAGCAUAUGACUGGUGGUGGUGACUCUUCUUAGUUUGUUGUUGGUUUUUGUGUGGAACUUUAUGUAGUUUGUUAUGUAAUUUCAUUUUAUGACACACUUAAUGGACAUCUUUGAGACUGGUUGCUUUCUUUUUAUGUUAUUAUGACAUUGUGUUAUAUAAUAUAUUGU